CAGAAGAAAAUGGGAGAAAGAAACCACUCCAGAGUGACUGAAUUCAUCCUGGCUGGAUUAACAGACAAACCAGAGCUCCAGCUGCCCCUCUUCAUCCUCUUCCUAGGAAUCUAUGUGCUCACGGUCCUGGGGAACCUGGGCAUGAUCACACUGAUUAGGCUCAGCUCUCACCUGCACACACCCAUGUACUACUUGCUCAGCAGUCUCUCCUUCAUUGACUUCUGCAAUUCUACUGUGAUCACCCCCAAAAUGCUGGUGAACUUUGUGACAGAGAAAAACACCAUCUCCUAUGCUGAAUGCAUGACUCAGUUCUACUUCUUUGCAGCUUUUGCAAUUGCAGAAUGUCACAUGCUGGCUGCAAUGGCUUAUGACCGCUAUGUUGCCAUCUGUAGCCCCUUGCUUUACAAUGUAACCAUGUCUACUCAAGUCUGCUCCUGGAUGGUAGUUGGGGUGUAUAGCAUGGGCUUGAUUUGUGCCACAGCUCACAUAGUCUGCAUGGUGAGACUGCUUUUCUGUGAGGCUAUAAUAAACCAUUAUACCUGUGAUCUUUAUCCCUUACUGGAGCUCUCCUGCUCCAGUACAUUUAUCAGUGAGGUAGUAGGUCUGUGCACCAGUGCCUUCAAUAUCUUUGUCCCAGUCUUGACCAUCCUUAGCUCCUACAUCUUCAUCAUCACCAGUAUCCUGCGCAUUCGCUCCACUGAUGGCAGAGCCAAAGCCUUCAGCACCUGCAGCUCCCACAUCUCAGCUGUUGCUCUCUUCUUUGGAUCUGGUGCAUUCAUGUAUCUGCAGCCAUCGUCAGUCAGCUCCAUGGACCAAGGGAAAGUGUCCUCUGUGUUUUACACCAUCAUUGUGCCCAUGCUGAACCCUCUAAUCUACAGUCUGAGGAAUAAGGAUGUCAAAAUUGCCCUACGAAAACUCCUUGGAAAAAGAAAAAGAAAUUUUCUGUAA